AUGCUUAAAUGUUUGGAGUGUGGAAAGAGCUUCAGUUGGACUUGCGACCUUACUGUGCAUCAAAGAACUCAUACAGGGGAGAAACCUUACAAAUACUUGGAGUGUAGAAAGAGCUUCUGUGAGAGUGGCACCCUUACUAAACAUCUAAGAAUCCAUUCAGGAGACAAACUUUACAAAUGCUUGGAGUGUGGAAAGACCUUCAGUCAGAGUGGCAACCUUACUGUGCAUCAAAAAACCCAUUCAGGGGAGAAACCUUGUAAAUGCCUGGAAUGUGGAAAGGGCUUCACUCAUCAGAAUAGCUCCCUUAGCGUUCAUCAAAGAAUGCAUAUAGAGGACAAACCUUAUAAAUGCUUGAAGUGUGGAAAGAGCUUCAGGCAGAGUGGCAAAUUGACUUCACAUCAAAGAACUCAUAAAGAGGGCAAACCUUAUUAA